AUUCUAGCAUUUUUUUUAUAUGAUAAUGUGAAUUGUUUAUUUUGAUGUUUGAUUAUUUGAAUUAUUAUAAAUAGGUAUACAUUUCCCGAUUAAACUUUGUUCCAAAGGGUAGUCAAAUUGCUUACUAAAUAUUACUCGUAGUAUUUAAUUCUAAGUAACUAAACUACGAGGACAAACUUUGUAUUUGAAAGAUAUGUUCUACCCCAAAGGAAUCCGCGUAUUUUGAUGCUAUAUAUUUUGUCAUUAGCAAUAGGAUUAUCUGGCACUAAAAAGUAGAAUAUUCUAAGGGUCUCAUUAGUUUGUGUUCUUUUGGAACGACUACACGUAACUGAAAGCAUGGAAUGCCCGGCCUAGGAAGAGUUCAUAAGCGAGUCCAGCCCAAUGAGCGAGUUUUGAAACUCGUCAGGAAGUUGAAAGGAAACGUCUUAGCAAUCUCUAUUAACUAAAAACUAAUAAUGGAACGAAUUCAGCGGCUAACACACCAUCUGUCACCGUCACCACUCGUCGGAAUAUUUCCUACACUUUCCAAAACCAGCCCAUUUCAUAAACCCUUUUCCACAAUUCAUUGCCAACACAAACCCAACUUUUCAAACCUGCAUUUGAUCAACAAAAACAACAACAGAGGCCUCACUACUUCAACUGGACCGGUUCAGGCCGGUUGGUUUUUGGGUUUGGGCGAGAAGAAAAAGGAUUAUGUAAUUGAUGUACCGGAGAUUGUGAAAGCGGGUGACCCGGUACUUCAUGAACCUGCCCAAGAAGUACGGGUUGAGGAAAUCGGGUCGGAGCGGAUACAAAAGAUAAUAGAUGAUAUGGUGAAAGUAAUGAGGGGAGCACCUGGUGUUGGCCUUGCUGCUCCCCAAAUUGGUAUUCCUUUACAAAUUAUUGUAUUGGAGGACACUGAAGAAUACAUCGGGUAUGCACCAAAACAAGAGACCAAGGCACAAGACAGACGCCCUUUCGAUCUUUUGGUGAUUAUCAACCCAAAACUCCAAAAGAAGGGCAACAAAUCAGCACUCUUUUUCGAAGGCUGCUUGAGUGUUGAUGGAUUUAGAGCAAUGGUUGAAAGGUUCUUAGACGUAGAAGUUACAGGCUUAGAUAGAAAUGGGCAGCCAAUAAAGGUGACUGCUUUUGGCUGGCAGGCUCGUAUUUUACAACACGAAUGUGAUCAUCUAUCAGGAACUCUUUAUGUUGACAAGAUGGUUAAAAAAACAUUCAGGACUGUAGAAAACUUGCAGUUGCCGCUGGCUAGUGGCUGUCCUAAGCUUGGUGUUCGGUAGCAUUAUGGUCUUAAAGAAUGUUUUGAUAGAAUUGUUGUAUCUUAUGCAGAUCAUGUAUAAGCUUGAAUGCAUCACUUUAAAGUCAUUGAUCAAUUGUAAUUUAGUUUAUUCUUUUCUUUAUCAGGCAACCCAUUGCAGUGUAAAGAAUUGUCCAUGAACAAGAAUUAUUAUAUAUUACAUUACAUAUUACAUAUUAUCUAUAUAA